AUGGGCACUUUUUACCAUGAAGAUUUUCCCAUGAAGCAAGCGGAGUUUAAUAAUUCAAGAUCACCAAUUUUCAAGCCCCAGUGGUUCCUCAAAGCGAGAUACAUUGGGAUAUGGUAUAAGCAAAUUCUUCCUGUGCAAACAGUAGUAUGGGUUGCCAACAGAGAGAAACCACUCACCAUUACAUCUUCAGUCAUUUUGAAGGUCGCCAAACUGGGAAUACUUGCUCUUCUCAAUGACAAAAAUGAAAUUAUUUGGUCAACUAACACCUCAAGAUCAGUCCAAAAUUCAGUAGCACAACUUUUAAGUUCUGGCAAUCUUGUUGUAAAAGAUGCAAAUGAUGAAAACCCAGAAAAUUUCCUAUGGCAGAGCUUCCAUUAUCCUAGUGAUACAAAAUUGCCUGAUAUGAAGCUUGGCAAGAACUUUCAAACGGGGCGUGAGGCUUACCUUUCAACAUGGAAGAACGACAAUGAUCCAACUCCAGGGGAAUUCACUCUUCACAUUGAUCUUACUGGAUAUCCACAGUGCCUUGUCAAACGUAGCACACGUUUAUCAGCUCGCGCAGGACCAUGGAAUGGUUUAGGAUGGAGUGGGUCACCCACACCACUACUUCUACAAAGCAGCAUAUAUACAUUUCAAUUUGUUUUCAAUAAGGAGGAGGUCUCCUAUAGUUUUUCUCUCACUAACAGCUCGGUUUUAUCGAGACUAGUCCUGACUAGCAAUGGUUAUAUCCAACGCUUCAUGUGGGUGGAUCGGACCAAGAGUUGGCAUCUUUACCUCAAUAUACUUCUGAAUAAUUUUGAUACACUUAUGUGGUGCCUAUGGGAGCUGUGA